GCAGACGUGAGAAAACCAGGCGUCCCCUCAUAACGGAGAGCCCAGCAGAACCACCCACACACACACACACACCUGUCUCUUAUACACAUCUAGAUGUGUAUAAGAGACAGCCCAGUUCGCGGCUCCGCCCAUCCGUCGGACUGCUGCUAGGGCUAAUGGUACGUACGUCAAGCGUUCGCAUUUAUCGGAACGGUACCGUCGGCUCCGCCGCGCGGUCGACUUGCGGAGACCCGCUGGCUAGCGGAGCUGGCCUGGUUCGCCGCCCAACAGGGGGGAGCGGGCCAGACGCGCCGCCGGAGCCGCUGACACGUGGCGGGAACUGUUUUGGGAACAUGAAUCGGCUAAUCAAGCAUUGGAAAGGCCUGAUUUUACUUGUUGUGUUUUUAAUCUGUGUCUCAAUCAUCUCAACGAGCCUUCUAUACGAUCUCUUUGAGGGCGAUGACGCAGAUGGGCAGUCUUUGGACACGUGGAGGUUUCUGUUCGGGAAAAGGAGAGGAGGAGGAGGAGGAGGAGGAGGAGGAUGGGAAGAGGAAGGGGAAGAGGGGGGAUGGGGAGGAGAAGGAGGGACGUGGGAAACGGAAUCGUUAUUUGCCAGGAUGUGGUCGGGGAGAUGGGGCGACGGCGCCGGCCGCGGCGGGGGCAUAAGUCGCAAGAAAUGGAAGAAUAAGGUUAAGGGGUUUCGAGAUAUGCAGAGGGCGUUCGCGGACUGGGAUGAUGCCGUUGGAUGUAAGAGAUUCAGAGAGCGCCAUUUGAGGAAUGCGGUACUGUGUGAUAGUCGAGCGAUGCAGAAGCCGGACCGUAUCGCGUGUGAAAGCAUGAAGAAACGCCACGUGGUCGUUCGGGUAAGAUGUGGACUCAUCGCGAUUCCGAUGUUCGUCAUUAUGCUCAUCUUUGAUUGCUCGCGUAGAUCAAUCAAUUGCUCACAUAGAUAUGAUGAAGAUCGUGUGCCUUUAGCUGG